AUGAAACAGCAUGACGAUGAGCGUCUCCAAGCUUUCCUUACUAGGUUUAAUCUAACCAAGAACAUGGUGAUAGAGUGCCAUCCUUCCACAGCAGUUCAGGCGUUCAAGUUAGCUAUGACCCGAGGGACACCGUUCCAUACCAGUCUGGUGGUAAACACGCCAAGGACAAUGGACGAGCUGAAUGAGAGAGCUGAUGGUUUCGUAUGCUUGGAAGAGGAAGAAACAGCUAAUGCUAGGAAGACAUUUAUCAUCUCCACGGAAGAGAAAUCCAAAGCAAAAAUAUGGCAGAAGCAAGUUCCUACGCAACGUCAGACCUCCUGGAAGACAGAGAAGAGGCCUAGGGAAGAUAACCUGAUUACUCCACUCAAAGUUACAUUGGCAAGGCAAUACCAAGAGAACAAAGAUAAGUUUCGCCCUUCCUUGCCAAUUAGACAACCUCUUGAACAACGGGAUCAAUCCAAACAUUGGUAUGUUCAAGGGCCGGCGCAAGAGCAAAAUCGUCCAGCUGAGCAGGUCAAGAGAAACCAAAAAUCAAACCACCAUAACGCUCAGCCCGUACGGAUUAUCAACGCUAUCCAUGACCGACCCGAGCAGACCGCAGAAUCUGAGGAAUUGCUUCGAACACGCCUUCGCCAAGCACAAAUGAAGGGGCGAAUUCCGCAUGAGGAUCCCUUGGUUGUCAGUUUGACAGUGGCAGAAUGCUUGGUACCAAGAGUGCUUAUCGAUCUGGGUAGCAGUGCGAAUAUCAUGCCUAGAGUCACUUUUGAUCGGCUUAAAAUUAAGCCAGAUGAGCUCAAAUCUACUGGAAAUCCGUUGUUUGGGUUUGAUGGCAAACAAGUCGAACUGAUCGGCAUAGUGGAAUUGCUGGUCCGAGCAGCUGAGAGGGACUUAGUCAAAAGUUUUGCGGUGGUGGAGAUAUAUCCUCCUACAAUUUGUUGA